GUUUGUGUUGGCAACACUGCUUGGUGUAAACAUUAAGGCAAGUGUCAAACAAUAUCGAGUGGAGUGUCAUCAUGGCAGUGUCCCCAGGCAUUCCCAAAAUUCCAGAUUAUGUAUUUGCUGAAAAAAUAGGUUCUGGAAACUAUGCUGAUGUGUAUAAAGCAUUCAAAAAGGGGAAGACUCGGGAAGUGGUGGCAGUGAAGUGUGUGCUGCAGUCCAGUCUUUCUAAGUCUUCUCUCGAUAACCUGGAAUCUGAGAUAAAAAUUCUGAAGAAGCUUAGACAUGAACAUAUUGUACAAAUGCUGGACUUUGUAUGGGAUGACAAGUACAUAUACAUCAUCAUGGAAUACUGCAGUGGUGGGGACUUGUCCUCCUUCGUCAAGUCCAGGCAACGGCUGCCAGAGAGUGUGUGUCAGAGGUUCCUACAGCAACUGGCUUCCGCCCUGCAAUACAUGAGAGAACAAAACGUCAGCCACCUGGACCUUAAGCCUUCAAACAUACUUCUGAAAUCUAGAAAACUUCAGGUGCUAAAAAUAGGUGACUUUGGUCUUGCUCAGCACAUGCCUGAAGACGACACGAACAGCACCAUCAAGGGAAGCCCCCUGUACAUGGCACCUGAGAUUGUGUUGAAGCGCCAGUAUGACGCGAAGGUGGACCUAUGGUCAGUGGGUGUCAUCCUGUACGAGUGUCUGUUUGGGAAGGCUCCUUAUUCAUCCAAGACAAUGGAUGAAUUGAUUGAAAAAAUAAAAAAGGACAAGCCAAUUGAAGUUCCUUAUGGAACCAAUAUUUCAUCUGAAUGUAGAGACUUGUUGGUAAAAUGUUUGGAGAGGGAUGUGAGUAAGAGAAUAGAUUUUGAAGUCUUUUUCUCUCAUCCGUUUGUGGACCUUGAACACAAGCCUGGCCCAGAGACCAUGCACAAAGCAACUGAACUUCUCAAAUUGGCCGUGAACUUUGAUGAAUGUAAAGAGUAUGAACCAGCUUACAGGAACUACUGUCAUGCACUGCAGUACCUGGUUCCUCUUCUGCAUAGUGAGAGUGAUGCCAGCAAGAGAGUGGCUUUGAGGCGGAAGAUCACCGAGUACAUGGGGAGGACAGAAGAAUUAAAGAAGGUUGUUAGCAAUGAGAGUGAGACUAAUUUAAAUAUUCCAAACAUUUCUGACCAAGAAUCUUUGAAGGUCAAUGAGUACAGAGGAAAUCGUGAAGAGUUACUGAGAUUGACAUCAACAACUCCUCAGAUACAAACAGCAAUAGAAAUUGCUGCAUCAGGAGAGUUGUAUGCUAGAGAAGGUAAUUAUUCUUUAGCCUUUGAGAAAUAUCAGCUUGCCCUUGGGAAACUUCUGGAAUUGAUGCAAAAUGAACCCAAGGGACGCAGGAAAGACCUGCUGAGGGAGGAGGUGACACGAUGGAUGUCACAAGCAGAACACCUCAAGGAAAUGCUAAACGAUGCACCAGCACAAGGUGUGGGACCAGAACUAUUUGCAACAACAGAUGAAAAAAACUGUGUUCUCCAGUAAGUGUCAAAAUUUAAUGUAAAUUAAGAAUUUCUUUAUUUCCUUUUGAUUCAUGCUAUCUUUUGCCUCAUACUUAUUUUCAAUAUAACAAUUAUAAAAGCAAGUGUUGUGAUGGAAUGAAGUAAAUAUAUAUAUGUAUUUAUGUAAAGACAAAGUACAUAAAUGUAUAUAUGUUUCUUCUUUGGUGAAUUAGUUGUACAUGAAUCUAUCUCCUCACAAUGGUUAUGGUUGGGUAAUGUUAGAAAUUCUUCAGGUGGGGGAGAGCAAAGAAAAAAAAAACCUGAACAUGAGUUAUUGCACUCUACUUAAUACAAGUUUGAGAAGACACUAUUUUUAGGGAUUACAUGCUUGUGCCUUGUUGAGUGUCUUAUAUCAUUUAAUAGGAAGUUUUUGUAUUAUUAUGUAAAUAUAAUUAUUUGUUCCAGAGACCCUAGAUUUGCCUAUUACAGAAUGUAGUUCACAGAUGAAGUUACUAGUGAGUAUGUAUAUAUCAUAGAUAUAAGUAGAUGUAAGUGAAUGUAUACAAUAUACUCAUCCAAUACAUU